AUGAAGCCAGUCCCACUGCUCCUACUCCUCUCCUCGGUCCUCCUUGCAUCGCACCUCCGCCCCGCCGCCGGCAGACCGCGCUUCCUCCCCGGCAGACCGCGCUUCCUCCCCGGCUGGCUGGAUGGCAGCGGCCGCCUCCAGACGCAGCAACUGGACGAAGUGCUCCUCGGAGCGGCCGCCGCUGGUCACGACCUGCUGGGCGACAACAUCCUGCGGUUCCUCCGAGAGAGGAGCCCGGACCCUCUGGACCCUCCCCCAGAAGAGGACGAGGCGGUGAGGACGGCGGUGCAGCUGUUGAAGAGGAGCGAAGAUCCGCCGCUGUCCAUCGACCUCACCUUCCACCUGCUGCGGAAUAUGAUCCAGAUGGCCAAGAUGGAGAGCCAGAGGGAGCAGGCUCUGCUCAACCGCAAAGUCCUCGACGAGGUCGGGAAGUAA